AUGUUGAAUGGACAUAAAGAAAAUGAAACAGGCAUCACCAGAUUCAUCCUCUUGGGUUUGGGGAAUAAUACUGAGUUGUGGCCUUUUCUUUUCUUACUCUUCCUGGUGAUUUAUCUUGUGACAAUAAUUGGGAAUCUCCUCAUCAUUGUAUUAGUUGCAAAUGACCAACAGCUUCACACUCCUAUGUACUUUUUUCUGGGAAAUCUGUCUUGUCUUGAGACUUUCUAUUCCUCAACUAUUUUGCCAAAAAUGUUGAGCAAUUUGUUAACUGGAGACAGAACUAUUACUGUGAGUGGAUGUCUCUCCCAAUAUUAUUUCUUUGGCUGUUGUGUAGCUAUAGAAACAUUUCUCCUUGCAGCAAUGUCUUAUGACCGUUACUUGGCAAUAUGUAGGCCUCUAUUAUAUGCUUCUGUUAUGAACAGAAAUCUUUGUUUCCAGCUUAUAUCUGGGGCAUGGCUAAAUGGUUUGAUGGCUAAUAGCAUUGUUGUGUUUCUUAUAGCUCAGUUUUCUUUUUGUGGACCCAAUGUAAUAGACCAUUAUUUUUGUGACUUAAGUCCACUUGAAAAACUGACUUGCAGUGAUCCCAGCCUGCUUAAAAUUAUUGUUUUUCUCUUGACCUUCAUUUUUACACUUGCUCCAUUUUUUCUGACUGUUAGUUCUUAUGUCUGCAUCAUUGCCAGCAUCAUAAGAAUCCAAUCCACCCCUGGAAGGCAAAAAGCCUUUUCAACCUGUUCCUCUCACCUCAUGGUUGUAUGUCUCUUUUAUGGAACAAUUAUAAUUGUCUAUAUGUUACCAGACACUCCCACUCUGGGACAGCUUAAUAAAAUCUUCUCCAUUUUUUAUACAAUCCUGACUCCUCUGGCCAAUCCACUCAUCUAUACUUUAAGAAACAAAGAAAUUCACAGAGCCUUUAGGCGCAUUCAUGGCAAACUGAGCACGUUUUUUGGAAGAAGUUGUUUGAAGACAUUCUUUCUGCUCUUCUAA